GCACGUACUCCAGAAGCAUCGGAUUACUUGAACAGAUAAGUAGCCGAUUUCUUCGAUUUCUUCCAAUUCCAUAAGUUUGCCAGCUCCAUGGAAGCUACACUUCUUAGAACUCAACCUCAUUUCUACGUUCAAGGGGGUAAUUCGUCGUGCAAUUCCCAAUUUCACAACACUGGAUUAUUCCGAAACCGUAUAUGUGCUAAACCAGUAUCUCUGCAAUUAAGCAGAAAACGGUUUUGUUCGUCAAGAGAUCACGUGUUGCUGAAAGAAAACAAAGGGUUUUUGUCAUUGAAUUGUUUUCGGCAGAAUUCUGCAAUUGUUCGAGCUGCUUCUGCGGAUCCAAUAAAUUAUGAACAGUUUACUGAUACAUCAGAGAGCAGGGAAAGUGCUUUGAAUGUGAACGGUUUCGAAAAUUCAGCAGCAUUGGAUCUGAAGACUGAGCCAUUCAGGAAUCGGUUUUUGAAUUUUUCACGGUUUGGAGCAAUCCUUAACAAUGCUUUGGAAUCCUUUUUUAAGAGUGAAAUAAGGACAAGGUUGUUUGUGACUGCUGUCUUGUUAUUUGUGAGUCGUCUUGGCUACUUUAUUCCCUUACCAGGAUUCGACAGGAGGUUGAUGCCAGAAAAUUAUCUCAAUUUUCUCUCUGGCUCUACUGAGGAGCUUGGUAAUCUCACACCGGAACUUGAGCUUUCUCUUUUUCAGCUCGGGCUUAGUCCUCAAAUAGCGGCAUCUAUCCUUAUGCAGAUCUUAUGUGUCCUUCUCCCCCCCUUAGUGAAGCUUCGGAAAGAAGGCUUAGAUGCUAAUGAGAAGAUCAAGAGAUAUAUAUGGUGGAUUUCACUAGGAUUUGCUCUCAUUCAGGCUUUUAUUCUUUCUUGUUAUUCACUUCCCUAUUCUAUAUAUGCAGCUAGCCACAGGGUAAAGCAUGUGAUGAUCACUACUUUAUUUCUGGUGUGUGGUGCGAUGACCAUGGGUUGGAUAUCUGACAAGAUAUCAGAGUCCGGAUUCGGUCAAGGAUCAUCUUUAAUUAUCUGUGUCAACAUCCUGACUGGUUACACUGAUACAUUGUACAAGAUGUUGGCUCAGCUCUCAGGAAGUUCUGUGAGCUGGUGGCCAUAUGUCCUUGCAGUAUUAGGUGUCUUCACCAUAGUUACAAUGUGGGCAGUUGUUGUAACUGAGAGCUUCCGAAAGAUCAAGUUACAAUAUUAUGGUUUCAAACUUGCUUCCGCCACCAGAGAAGAUUCUCCUAUAACCGAAGUUGAGCCUUAUCUUCCGUUCAACAUAAAUCCUGCCGGGAUGCAACCUGUACUCACUACUUCAUAUUUUCUGGCAUUUCCAAGCUUGAUUGCAAGUGUUUUUGGCUCACGCUUAUGGGAACACGUGAGAGAUAUCCUGAAUCCUGAUACAUCGCGCGGUGCAGAUCCUUGGGUUUAUUAUAUGAUAUAUGCAUUUUGCGUCUUCAUCUUUAAUAUAAUCGACAUAGCCAAUGUGCCAAAGGAGAUUGCUGAUUACUUGAAUAAGAUGGGUGCAAGAGUUCCAAAUAUAAAACCUGGAAAAGCCACUGUCGACUUUCUCACGAAGAUCCAAGCUUCGACACGUUUUUGGGGUGGUGUAUUGCUAAGUCUUUUGGCGACUACAUCAGUCCUUCUAGAUCAUUAUUUACGUAGAAUCAAUGAAGGGUUUCCGAUUGGUUUCACUUCAAUUCUCAUCAUUGUGGGUUCGAUCAUUGAACUGCGAAGAUCCUACCAAGCAUACAAUGUAAUGCCGAGUCUUGCUAAGGCAUUGCAGCGCUAUGGACUAUGAUUAUCACGUUAAGGAGAACGAGGCCUUGUGAUGUUGAAAAAUUCUUGAUUGCAUAAAUGGAUGGCGAGAUCUGCUGUUUCAACGAGAUUAGAAUCAUCAACGGUUAAAUCGAGUACUCUCGUUGUAGCAACCAAUCACCGUAGAUUGGCAGGUCAGUUUUUGAACAAGGUAGCAAGUUUGGGAGCUGCUGAUACAAAUGCAUUACAUUGAUUCUUGUAGAAAUGUAACUUCAGUUCGAGUCUCUACACACUUGUAAUACUAAUUUAUUGGAUAUGUAGAUGUACAACAGCCGAGGGACAAAAAUUUGUUAGGGUCACAUGAUUUUUACAACACUAAGGAGCCGUUCAGUCUGGCGGAUAUAGUCAGUUAAUAGCCUAAAUCUGAAUAUUUCUGGUUGUUCAGUGUACAUGUUUUUAAAAGGGUCAGCCCUCUAUUACCAACAUGGCCCGGCACUGUUCACCAGAAUAUGACCGGAUGUAAAUCUUCCACAAAAGGUGGUAUUAAUUUCUGACUCAUCCAGAUUACUUCAUAAUAGGUUGUUUUUUGACUACUUUACCCCACAAAAUUUGAUUUCCCCCAAAUUUGAUCGUCAUCCCCUCAAUCCAGCCCUAACUCUCUCUCUCUCUAUCUCGCACGCCUCUCUGCGAUCGACCUCGGAGGAGUGGCCGCCAUUACCGGCCUCGAAAAUUACCUCUGUUACAUACAUCACUCCAUUUCUUACCCAAAUCAUACACAUCUUUUCAGAAUUAAAAAAUCUCUAUCGACUCACAGCAUUAGCAUCUGCUCUGUUAAUUUUGGUUGUUGUUUCCUCACACAUGGAUGUCUUGAAUUUCAGCAGCUCACCACGGCACAACUUAGACCGAGAUUUGUGUGUCUGAAAGUGAAGUAACGUCGAUCCUGUUCUCACAGUCGACAAGGUAUGCACUCAUAUACCCUGCUCAUAAUAGUUCACUAAUUAGGUAAAAUUAUGUCUGUGGGAGUAUAAUGUUUAUAAAGAUGUUCUGAUCCAUAGGGGAUAUUGUAAUUGGUAAUGAUAAACCCUUGUUUUGACU